CACCUACAAAAGGGAGCCAGUGACAUGGACAGCCCACGGUGGCCAGAAUGGUAAGUAUGGUGACCCAUGCCCUGUGCCCAUUGCGAGGACUUUCUCCUCAUCUCUCCUCGCUUUCCACAACUCCUCUCUCACUUCUGUCUGGUUGAGCCCAGGGGUGGAGGAUGUAGUCAGAGGGGUUGUGUGUCUUUUUAUUUUCUCCUGCCAGGUCUCGCUCUCCUCCAUUCUCCAUCAGUUUGACAAUGGUGCUGACUGAGGCUGACUGCCCUUCUCUACGGGACAGGGCUGGUUCCCACCUCUCCUGUCUCUCUGAAAGUCUUCCCUAGCAUCUCUUGGCCCCUCCAGAGAACUUUGACUCCCACACACUCCCUGGCAUGGACACCCCUCUGCUUCUCCCCGAAUAGCAGUGUCUGGGUCUUACUGGCCUCCGUGAAUUGGAACCCUUGGCUCUGCUGCCCCCAUCCCCUACUACCAGCCUCAGUUUCCCUCCCAUCCUUGCUCGUCCAAGGCCCUGUCUGGGGCCCCUUGGCAUUCAUCUCCUCUUCUUGCACACCAGGACAAUCUCAGAACUUGCUGCCCUUCUGGAAGGCUCCCCUCAUCGUGCAGAGCCAUCCUCAACAGGCCACACUUCCAGAGGCACGUGCAGGCAGGAAUGCUCAGGCCCUAACAUGUGGGAGUUCUAGGGGAAGGGGUGAUUUCCACCCCCACCUUAAUAACCCAGCCCCUCUGCAGCUGACUAAGCCGUCAAGAUCCAGCCAGGGCAUCCCCACUUCUGGCCUGAGAGCUGGCUCCCCGUCCUGAAAAACCUGUCUGGGGGGCCUGCCCUGAGGCUGUAGGGCCCAAAGGGCAGGUUGGACAGGAUUUCCCUCCAGCCACUCCCACCCCAAGACAAAAUCAGCCACCGCAGGGGCCUGGCCUCACUUGCCUCUGGAAGCCACAGCCAGCCAGCUCCUGUUCUAGCUCCCAGCCCAGCUAUGGCAUCCCUGCUGCCCGUCCGGACCUGGCCCUCGAUCCUGAUUCUGCUGACUGUCCUGGCCCUGGGGGCUGCAGACUUCAACAUCUCAAGCAUCUCUGGUCUGCUGUCCCCGGCACUAACGGAGAGCCUGCUGGUUGCCUUGCCCCCUUGUCACCUCACAGGGGGCAAUGCCACACUCAUGGUCCGGAGAGCCAAUGACAGCCAAGUGGUGAAAUCUAGCUUCGUGGUGCCUCCAUGCCGUGGGCGCAGGGAGCUGGUGAGUGUGGUGGACAGCGGGGCCGGAUUCACAGUCACCCGGUUCAGCGCGUACCAGGUGACAAACCUCGUGCCAGGAACCAAAUACUACAUUUCCUACCUAGUGACGAAGGGGACAUCCACUGAGUCCAGUAGAGAGAUCCCAAUGUCCACACUUCCUCGAAGAAAGGUGGAAUCCAUUGGGCUGGGAAUGGCCCGGACGGGGGGCAUGGUGGUCAUCACAGUGCUGCUGUCUGUCGCCAUGUUCCUGCUGGUGGUGGGCUUCAUCAUCACGUUGGCCCUGGGCGCCCGGAAGUGAGGAGGCCAGCGCCAGGCAGCGGGCCUCCAUGAGGUCCGGGACCCUGUCCAUUUCCCCAGCCUGUGUGCCUGCCUCCUCUGCUGAAAAGACUACCUGCUCCCAGUCCUCAACCAUGACUCUAAGGGGCUUCACUUCUCCUCCAUGCCCCCUCUCACUGGAGCCUUUUCCUCCCUCUGCCCUCCCC